AUGACGCACUCGGAUUCCGAGCCACCGUCGCCGCCUGAUUAUCCUACCGAGACUGUUCACUGGGCACACCGAAAAAGCUGGACCACUGUUGCUUCUACGACGACGGCCAACAUGAAGCAAGUCGACAACAGCGACAACGAUCAAGUUGGCGGAAAUAGCAGCAGCGAAGAAGACGAAGAAAAAGAUUAUAGUUGCACUACCACCACCGUCCUCACCAAGAACAAUACUACUAGCAACAACAGCAAUAAGCGAAUGUGGCAGCAAAAACAAAAACAACAUCUACAACAACAACAACAACAGAAAAAACGAGUUCAGUUGCUGUCACACAACGACCACGAACAUUCACAGACGUUGCGACAACGGCCUAGAGCAGACACCAUGCCCACACAGUCGACUACCGCGUUUCUUCCAUCCUACAUGACUCCAGAUAACAAUAACAAUAGCAUCAGCAACGAUUCUGUUGCCAUGGCAGCAUCGGAUUUGUCUCACCAUCCUCAUCAUCACCUAGCAACUAGUGAGGCGACCGUUGUCGCGCCAACUGCUGCUGCUGCUGCCUCUGCUACAGCAGUUUCAUCAGCUGCUGCGUUUCGCAACCGGUCCGGUUCUAUCACCUUACCACCAUCGAAUAACCACCGUCAUGGAACUGCAACAAUAUCGAGUAACCCUUUUGGUGACGGUAUUUUCAACAGCUCAUGGUCAACUGAAUCGAUGCAAAGUCCAACAACACCAACGACGGACCAGCUUUUGAAAGAAGAUGAUGGAAACACGAUCGCAAGUACAUUGGCUUCCUUGGGACUCGAUGAUGAACGUGUGGAUCGUAGGCAUACCAUCCAUUCAAGCCAUUCUUACUCGUCCUUGCGCACAUGGUAUAAUCAUCACCCUCCGUCAUCGGCAAAUUCAGCCGCAGGCUCAAGUGAGCCCUGGCCACCCCAUCAUCAACAUUAUUUGGCACCUGCGUCAUCAUCACCAGUAUCUUCUAGGGGAACUACGUGUACCACAGGAGGAGGGGUUAGUGCUGCUAACUCUGUUGGAGGAACAGGAGGUGGAGGAGAACAGCAACACCAACAACAGGAUCAUCACCAUCAGCAGCAACAACACACUCCGUCUCAACAACACCAUCAUCGCCAUCAUCAUCACCACCAAGGGCUUAUGAUGGCCGUCGCCAACAAGUUCCAGACACAGCGACCACGUGCAAUCAGUAUGAGUGUAGCCGAUAACCGGCCGCCGUUUGAAAACUUGAACUAUGUGCCGUACCAUCGAUCCAUUUGGCAGCAGCAACAGCAUCAGCAGCAGCAUUUGCCAACAUCGCUCAGGCGUCAACAACAAGGUGGUACGCGACCGUUUCUGCGGAGUUCCAACAGUAGUGCAGAUUUGCUCGAGAUGAUGGCGAGGCAACGCAGGGCAGCAUUAGGAACGCCAACCGGAACUGGGGAGCAUACAGCCGAUGACUGGGAUACUGCUACGCCAGCAUCCUCAUCUUCGUCACUACAAGGCUCUUCUUCUUCUACCUAUUGCGGAGGAGGAGUCGAUCAUGGUUCUUCUUCUGGUGGUAACACCACAGCGACUACUGCUGGUAUAGCUGGUGGUGGAACAGAGGAAUCUUCAUCGCCUUCUUCUGGCAAGAAUUCACCUGCCUCCAGCGCGGCACAGACGCCGACACGUUCUCUCUGGCUUGGCAACAUUGACCCUUCGUUGACCAUGGCUGAUCUCCAAUGCGUGUUUGCACAAUUCGGUGUGAUUGACAGCGUACGUAUCCUACCCGACCGUGAAUGCGCAUUCGUGAACUUUAUUUCAGUUGACGAUGCGUUACGUGCCAAAGAAGGAUUGAUGCAUACGUUGAAUGGCCGACUGGGAAAUUCGGCCAUCAAGGUUGGCUUCGGAAAACCAGAGGCUGUUCCGCAACAGCCGCCGACAUGCGGAACAACAACAACAACAACAACAACAGCACUAGCACCAGGAGCAGCAGGAACAGGAGGAGAAUUCGGUGCCAAUGCACAAGGUCCAACACGAGCUUUGUGGAUCGGUAACAUUCCGUCAACUACCACGUAUUCUAUGCUGUUUUCUCUGUUUUCGCCCUUUGGUGCGAUCGAAUCGGUCCGAGUCUUGACGCACAAGAAUUGCGGCUUUGUCAAUUUCGAGUCGCAAGAGGAUGCCGUGCGCGCGAAAAAGACGCUGCAAGGUAAAGAGAUCAUGGGACCCGCUACUGGUCCUGUCCGAAUUGGAUUUGCCAAAGUGCCUACUAUGAUGGCAAUGGUCGCUGGUGGACCCCCUGGUGGUGCUCCUCUUCCAGGUGGCCUCAUGAUGGGCGGUGGCCCUCCUCCAACUGGAAUGAUGAUGAUGAAACCAGAUCAAUAUUACAAUAACAGCGGCAACAACGACAUGAUGAUGACAAUGAUGAUGACUUGUCCUACCAGCAACACGGGUGGUGCUAUGUCUGCCGUGGAUGCUACCGCCGAAAACUUGAUACCAGUAGCAUCAUCAUCAGCAGCAGCAGUGGCUAUGGGUUGGACUGCUGCUUCUACCACUCCCCCACCACCAACUUCAGUGGCCAACAACAGCAACAAUGGAAGUAUCAGUGGUAACACUGGCAACGGUGACGGUUACCAACACGAACAGCAGCAACAAAUGAUGAUGUACAUGAUGGCAGAAAUGAUGGGAAACGGAUCCACCAAUAUUUAUGCGGCCAUUACAAGUGAGCGCCAAGUGUUAAUGAGUGAGCUCGGAGGAACGGAAGACGAAAAUGACGGCCCACUCUUUGACGAGAUGCAUAUGCCACUAAGCUACUUUGCCACGAUUCCUGCUGCUCCUGAAUUGGGUCAGGCCCGUAAGAUUGAUAUUGGACGAUUGCGUGAUAUCCGUAAACGACUGGAUACUGGUUAUGUACCUACCAAGGAGCUGGAAGUGAUUGCGCUUGAAUGUUUGGAUGAACUUGUUGAGCUUUGCAGUGAUCAUAUCGGGAAUACGGUGAUCCAGCGGCUUUUUGAACGAUGCUCCGAGGUCACGAAAUCGCGCAUGCUGGACGUUGUGGCGCCUUAUCUUGCCUCAAUUGGUAUCCACAAGAACGGAACCUGGGCUGCACAGAAGAUUAUUGACACGGGCCGACUUCCUGCACAGAUCAACCGGAUCUGUGCAAGCAUCAAGCCGUAUGUGCCAGCCCUCUUGUUGGACCAGUUUGGCAAUUACGUAGUACAAUGUUGUCUUGGCCUUGGACCCGAGCGUAAUCAGUUUAUAUUUGACGCAAUUGUGGACAAUUGUUGGGAAAUCGCACAAGGACGUUUCGGAGCCCGGGCUGUGCGAGCAACCUUGGAGAGCCCCCAUGUGACGAAAAGACAACAAAAAUACGUUGCAGCCACAAUUGUACAACAUGCACUCGUGCUGGCCACCAAUGCCAAUGGUGCGCUCUUACUGAUCUGGCUUUUGGACACAUCCGGUAUUCCUGGCCGGUAUCGUGUGCUUGCACCGAGACUGACGCCGCACUUGGCCCGCCUAUGCACUCACAAACUCGCAUCUUUAACAGUGCUCAAAAUCAUCAACCAACGCCACGAACCGGAUGCACGUGCACUGAUCCUGGACGCAUUGGUCUUUUCUGCAGACGAACAAGUGAUUGAUGAAGUGCUUAAAGACCAAGUUCAUGGCGUAAACCUGAUCCAGAAGAUCUUGUCGAGCUCAUAUGUUGAAUUACGUGAGCGUCAGCGCAUUGCUGAACGGAUCAAGCACGUGCUUAACAAGCUCAAACUUCAGCAUGUUCAAGGAUAUAAGCGUUUGAUGGAAGAAAUUAAUAUGGUCAUGGGCGACUCAAAUCCGGGCGCUAGUUUGGGCGCCUUACCUGGUCUUGUUCCUCCUACGUUUGCCAUGAAUCCGGAAAUGGCUGCGGCACUCCAUGCAAAGUAUUUGGCUGCCGCCGCUGCUGCUGUAGCAGCUGCUCACCCACAGCAGCAACAGCAGCCGACAGUAGCACAGCCUGUAGUACAGCCACUAGUGGAACAGGCAGUGUUGGAGUCAUUACCACAGCAGGAAAACCAAGUGAUGCAAGAAGAUCAAUCGGCAACGCAACAAGUGCACCAGCAGCAUAGUGACGGUAGCGAUGAUGUUGAUGAUGAACCGGCGCAAUCACCCACGUUACCCGCUGUAACAGCAGCAGAAGCAAAGACUGCCAAUGCGGCUACUACCUCAACAGCAACAACAACAAUGUAA